AAGUAAUACAACAAAGAUAAAAUAUCUAUGCACGUGUGUUGCUUAUUUAAAUUUUAGUGGAUGCAUUAAAUAUUUUCUGUGAAAGUAUAAUUUUCUGAUUAAUGUGUUGUUACUAAUUUUUCAUUAUCGACUGUAUAUUACGUGGUGAUAUACUUAAUAUAAUAUGGACGAAUCUAAAACAAUAUCGGACUUCACUUUGGUCAAUUCGCAGGAAACCAAAAAAAAUAAAAAAGUAAAACGAGUUCUACCAGAAUGGCUUGCCAAGCCCACCAUCAUAUCCGUGGAUUUGAAACACUUAGAAGUGCCUAUUGAUGGCAUUCCAGAAUUGGAUGCUGCUUUAGUUCAAAAAUUAAAAAAUAAAGGCUUCACACAUUUUUUUCCUGUUCAAAAUCAAAUGAUACCCUGGUUAAUAAAUAUACAAAAACAUUGGGACGAAACCUGGCUUAGAGAUGCAUGUAUUUCAGCACCAACUGGUAGUGGAAAAACAUUAUCCUAUGUUCUACCCAUAAUUCAGACGUUAAAAUCAAUGCCUAGACGACGACUCCGUGCUCUAAUUGUUUUGCCAACUAAAGUUUUGGCUAUGCAAGUAUUUAAAGUAUUUUCAUAUUUUAUAAAAAAUGCAUUUGAUUUGAAAGUGUAUCUAAUGGAAUCAGCAAACUUAACUUUGGAAAAAGAAAAAAAUAUGCUUCUACGAUAUGAUACUAUGCGGGGAUGGAUGAGCAUUGUGGACAUUGUGGUGACAACUCCUGGACGUUUAGUUGAUCAUUUAUACUACACUGAAGGAUUUUCAUUGAAAAAUCUUAGAUUUCUUGUUUUAGAUGAAGCUGAUAGUUUUACUAAUAUUUUGCAAAAUGAUUGGCUACAACAAGUUAAUGAAAAUUUAGCAUAUAAUGGACCAGCAAUAUGUACCUUAAAAACAUUAAAGCACUGGCCACAAAGAACACAAAGAUUAUUAUUUUCUGCAACACUCACUCAAGAUCCUGAAAAGUUAAAGUUUCUUAAACUCUUUGAACCAAAACUGUUUACUUCCAUUAUAAAAAGAAAAAAUAUUGAAUUGCCUAUAGAUUCUAAUACCAAUGAGCCUGUACGUGGUGAUUUUGUUGGAAAAUACACUACACCCAAAGAACUCAAAGAGUACAUGGUUUUGUGUCCUGAAGAAAAUAAACCACUUACAUUUUACCAUUUGAUAAGAACCAAAGGUCUUAAAAGAGUGAUUUGUUUUGUAAAAUCAAAAUUAGAAGUUCACCGAUUGACUCGACUCUUAAGUCGACUUAGUGAACUCGAUACAAAUAAUUCACCAUUAAGGGUUAAUGAAAUUUCCUCAGAUGUGUCCCAAAAAGUACACACAAGUUAUAUUAAACAAUUUUCAGAUGGAAAGAUAGAUGUGUUAAUUUGUACAGAUUCAUUAGCAAGAGGCAUAGAUAUUGAACGGAUUUCUUGUGUGAUAUUAUACAAUGUUCCAAAAUAUCCUAAAAAUUAUAUACACAGAGUUGGUAGAACUGCUCGUGCUGGUCAUAAAGGAAAAGCUAUUACAUUUGUUACUCCUGAACAUAAAAAUCUGUUCACUAAAGUUUUGAACUCUGCGGGUAAAACUGAUGUGAAAAAUAUGAAAGUAGAUAUUUCUGACUUGGAACAAUAUGAAAAAAUAUACAUAGAUGCAUUGAAAGCUUUAAAAACUGAAUCCACUUUCAUUAAAAAACCAAGGAAUGUUAUCAGAAAAAGAAUAAAGAAGAACAAGCAACUCCAACAGUAAACAUAUCUUAGUUUUUUUCAUUUUGAAUUAUUAUUAAUACUAAAAGUGAUAUUUAUUUUACCACAUAUGGUCAUCAGUUGACUUUAAAUUAAUAAAGUUGUUGUUAUUAGGUACUUUACUUAUCAUUUUGCAACUGGGUGAUAUUCAUAGUUCAUUUGGUUUUUCAUCUAAACUUAAUUGUAAUUUAUGGUCAAUAUUUUCCUAUCUAAGCAAUGAUAAUAUAUUUUGGUUAUUGGAAUAUAAAUAUAAAAAAAAAUAAAUACAUUAAUGUAAUAAAGUACAUAAGUUGUUGUGAAACUUUUAACUUGUUCAUUUUGAAGGAUAUUAAGAUAUUUAUUAAAAAAUUAAUACAUCAAGAGCUUGUGCGGCUUAAUUCACUCCAUAAACUCGGUGUUUUGGCCCCUAUUGUAAUUUUUUAUUUACUUCUUACUUUACUAUUAGUCUUAUUUAUAUUAAGACUAGUUUUUUGUAUCUUACUAUUAUUGUACAAUAGAUUUUUUUUUUUCAUUUACAAUAUUAAAUCGUACUUGUAAAAUUGAUUA